AUGAAAGAGAAGCAUAAGAAGGUCGAGUAUGCGGAGGAGGAGGCCACUGCUGAGGCCGCAGCGGAGGCUAAGGAGACGACGACCAAAGACGGAACCAGUGUAUUUGUAAAUAACCUUCUAAUGAGCAUUAACAACAUCAAUAACGCAAUCGUUUACAAGGACAAUCGGUACAUUCUGCGAAUGCUAAAAUAUAUCAAAUGCAUGCGACUGAGUAUAAAAAACGAGAGCAGCACGCUGAUGCCAAUAAUGAUUAGUCUGAUUAACAAGACAUUUAAGGAGGGUUACCCAAUUUAUGAAAUAUUAGCCAAGUACCUAGAAGAAUUCAGAGAGUUGCCGAAGGAAGUACCGGAGUUUUCAAAUAUAAAUGACAAAACAUACGCACAUGCAGCUCCAGAGAUAGAAGUGCUCUUUUACAUCAUGAUAUUGCUGUACCUGUUGGAUAAAAAAUGCUACAAUGAAGCAAUGGAUCUUUCCACCGUAAUUGUUAAUAGAAUCACGAAACUGAACAGAAGAUCGCUGGACUGUGUGAAUGCAAAGGUCUACUUUUAUUUCUCAUGGGUUCAUGAAUUAGGUGGAAAACUAUCUCAAGUGAGACAGAAACUUCUCUACAUAUAUCGUAAUGCAUGUCUUCAUAGAGACAUAAUGACUCAGACAGUUGUCCUAAAUUUAAUCCUAAGGGAUUAUAUAAAGCACAAUUUGUACGACUUAGCUGUAAAAUUUGUCAGCAAAACGUCCUUUCCGGAAAACUCCUCAUCAAAUGCACAGCAUGCAAGGUAUCUGUACUACAUUGGCAAAAUUCUAGCCAUCCAGUUAGACUACAGCGAGGCGCAUAGCAAAAUUACGCAGGCUAUUAGAAAAGCUCCACAGAAUAACCAAAUUGCAAAAGGGUUCAAAUUAGAAGCCACCAAAAUGGAGAUCAUAGUUGAAUUGCUCAUGGGAGAUAUACCAGAUAGGUCUCUCUUCAGCAACCGAAUUAUGCGGAACAAACUGAUCCCUUAUAAGCACGUGGUGACGGCCGUUCGAAAUGGAGAUAUAGGCAAAUUUUCCAAAGUGAUGAAUGACUACAACCAGCUGUUCAUGCGCGACGGUGUCUACCUCCUAAUAAAGCGCAUUCACCACAAUGUCAUUAAGACGGCCCUCCGCAUCAUCAACCUUUCCUACUCCCGGAUUUCGAUCAGCGACAUCGGGAAGAAGAUCGGCGUUGAGUCCCCCCUGGACAUCGUGGGCAUAACGGCCAAGGCCAUCCACGACGGAGUCAUCGAAGCCACCAUCGACUACGACAACCAGUACGUGGAAUCCAAGUCAAACAGCGACGUCUACAUAACAAGUGAUCCCAUGAAGACGUUUCACAAGAGAAUAGCCUUCUGCUUGCAGCUUUACUCAGACGCGGUUAAGGCGAUGCAAUAUCCAGACGAAAAUGAAAAAAAGGAAAAUGAGGAGGCGAAAGAAAGGAAGAUGAGACAACAGGAGGAGCUGGCACAGGCAGAGGAGGGAGACCUUGGAGACGACAACGACUUGUUGUGA